ACCACAGAACAGCGCUUCCACACGCUGCCUCUCAAUUGUAGCUUAAUGCGCAUCUCACGUUUCAAUUUUGCUGUCCAUCAACAUAUGCCUCGGUAGAUUCGCACAUUCGGUGCGAGGAAUAGUUUCUUCGUACUGAUUUCUGGCUUGGGCGAUCACCUGUCAGCGCGACAAGCCGCGGAAGAAUUUUGAGUAUCUGGGUGGGCAUAUCCAGGUUGGAGAGGCUGUGAGUGAACGGAGAUCCUCAAUUGAUAACCAGGCACGAAUGUGAUUCACAAGGUGUUCAGUCAACAGAUCUCAGGUGACCAAGAUACUGGUGGCUUAUCAAGUUUCUAAUCAUUAAAAAGACGGCGGAGUUCGUCCUAUUGAACCAGCAACAUGUCGUCCUCAGAUCAUCCGGUAACAGGCCUUGGACCGGCAAAUCGACCGCUUCCUCCCAUCAAAUCUGUGAAGGCUAUUUUAUUCGACGUGGAUGGCACCUUAGCAGACUCCGAUCCCCUUCAUUACAUUGCUUUUCGUGACAUGCUGGUUGAGUUGGAGUACAACAAUGGGAUACCGAUAUCGGAGGAGUUCUUUAGCGCCUUCAUCAGUGGAAAGCACAAUUCUGAAAUUGGUGUACUUCUUUUCCCUGACUGGGAUCAACAGCGACGAGACCGAUGGCUAGACGAUAAAGAAGCAUAUUUUCGAAGGCUAGCUGCUAAGGAACUUCGUGCUGUUGCCGGCCUUAAGCGAUUGGCAGACUGGAUUGUGGAGAAGGGUUUCCGUCGUGCUGCUGUUACAAAUGCUCCUCGCCCUAAUGCUGAACAGAUGAUUGCUGCAGUUGGUCUCACUGACUUCUUUGAACAUUUGGUAAUCGGAAGUGAAUGCGAAAGGGCAAAACCCUUCCCUGAUCCUUAUUUGAAGGCACUUGAGCAUUUCGGAGUUUCGGCUGAAAAUGCCUUCGCUUUUGAGGACUCCCCGGCAGGUUUGAGUGCAGCGGUGGCAGCUGGAUUGCCAGUUGUAGGCAUCACAACGGGAAAUCCUGGGCCUGCUCUUCUUGCUGCAGGGGCGGCAUUUCUGAUUGAGGGUUAUAAUGACCCUGCAUUGUGGAGUAAGCUGGAGAAAUAGGCAAUUUUUAAGCCUGUAAUAAACCCUAUUGCUGGGAGAUGCGAGAUGGUCGGUAUUAAAUGAUUGCUAUUUUUAUCACAUACGCACAUUUCUAUCAUUA